CUUCAGGUGGACAUCCAGCUCGAGAUGGCAGUGCCUCAGCCUGGCCAAUAUGUUCUCGUGGUGGAAUAUGUCGGUGAGGAUUCACACCAGGAGAUGGGAGUGGCUGUGCACACCCCUCAGAGAGCCCCCCAGCAAGGGGUGCUCAACCUCCACCCCUGCCCAUACAGCUCCCUGUGCCGGAGUCCGGCUCGGGACACCCAGCAUCAUCUAGCCAUCUUCUACCUGGACUCUGAGGCUAGCAUCCGGCUCACAGCUGAGCAGGCUCACUUCUUCCUGCACAGCGUCACCCUGGUACCCGUGGAGGAGUUCAGUACUGAGUUUGUGGAGCCCCGGGUCUUCUGUGUGAGCAGUCAUGGAACUUUCAACCCCAGCAGUGCUGCCUGUCUAGCCUCCCGAUUCCCGAAGCCACCGCAGCCCAUCGUCCUCAAGGACUGCCAGGUCUUGCCGCUGCCUCCCGACCUGCCUCUGACUCAGUCUCAGGAGCUCUCACCAGGUGCACCCCCAGAGGGACCACAGCCUCGGCCACCAACUGCUGUGGAUCCUAAUGCAGAACCCACCUUGCUGCGCCACCCCCAGGACUACAUACUCAUUGUCCCUGAGGAUGUGUACAGCUCCAGUUACCUCCAAGAGGAGCCUUUGGACAAAUCCUAUGACUUCAUCAGCCACUGUGCCACCCAGGGCUACCACAUUAGUCCCAGCAGCUCAUCUCCGUUCUGCCGGAAUGCUGCCACCUCCUUGUCUCUCUUCUACAACAACGGGGCCCUCCCUUGUGGCUGCCAUGAGGUGGGUGCCAUGAGCCCCACAUGUGAACCCUUCGGGGGUCAGUGCCCCUGCCGGGGCCACGUCAUUGGCCGUGACUGCUCCCGCUGCGCCACCGGAUACUGGGGCUUCCCCAACUGCAGGCCCUGUGACUGUGGAGCCCGCCUGUGUGACGAGCUCACGGGCCAGUGUAUCUGUCCACCACGCACUGUGCCCCCUGACUGCUUGGUCUGCCAGCCACAGAGCUUUGGUUGCCACCCCUUGGUGGGCUGUGAGGAGUGUAAUUGCUCAGGGCCCGGCGUCCAAGAGCUGACGGACCCCACCUGUGACAUGGACAGUGGCCAGUGCAGAUGCAGACCCAAUGUAGCUGGACGUCGCUGUGAUACCUGUGCCCCAGGCUUCUAUGGCUAUCCUAGCUGUCGCCCCUGUGACUGCCACGAGGCAGGCACCAUGGCUAGUGUGUGUGACCCCCUCACAGGCCAGUGCCAUUGCAAGGAGAACGUGCAGGGCUCAAGAUGUGACCAGUGUCGCGUGGGGACCUUCUCCUUGGAUGCUGCUAACCCCAAGGGCUGUACCCGCUGCUUCUGUUUCGGGGCCACAGAGCGCUGUGGGAACUCUAACCUCGCCCGCCAUGAGUUCGUGGACAUGGAGGGCUGGGUGCUGUUGAGCAGUGACCGGCAGGUGGUACCCCACGAGCAUCGGCCUGAGAUAGAGCUGCUGCACGCAGAUCUGCGCUCUGUGGCUGACACUUUCUCAGAGCUGUACUGGCAGGCUCCGCCCUCCUACCUGGGAGACAGGGUGUCAUCCUACGGUGGGACCCUCCACUAUGAGCUGCACUCAGAGACCCAGCGAGGUGAUAUCUUCAUUCCCUACGAGAGCCGGCCGGAUAUCGUGCUGCAGGGGAACUUCCGGCACUUGGAGACUCACAACCCCGUGUCCCGAGAAGAACUCAUGAUGGUGCUGGCCGGCCUGGAGCAGCUGCAGAUCCGUGCUCUCUUCUCGCAGACCUCUUCCAGUGUCUCCUUGCGUAGAGUGGUACUGGAGGUGGCUAGUGAGGCUGGCAGGGGGCCUCCAGCCAGCAAUGUGGAACUGUGUAUGUGCCCUGCCAACUACCGUGGGGACUCGUGCCAGGAAUGUGCCCCUGGCUAUUACCGGGACACCAAGGGUCUCUUCCUAGGCCGAUGUGUCCCCUGUCAGUGCCAUGGCCAUUCAGAUCGCUGCCUUCCUGGCUCUGGCAUUUGUGUGGGCUGCCAGCACAACACAGAAGGGGACCAAUGUGAGCGCUGCAGGCCUGGCUUCGUCAGCAGUGAUCCCAGUAACCCAGCAUCCCCCUGUGUGAGCUGCCCUUGCCCCUUGGCAGUGCCCUCCAAUAAUUUUGCAGACGGUUGUGUCUUAAGAAAUGGCCGAACCCAGUGCCUCUGCAGGCCAGGCUAUGCCGGUGCCUCCUGCGAGCGGUGUGCACCUGGCUUUUUUGGGAACCCCCUGGUGCUGGGCAGCUCCUGUCAGCCCUGUGACUGCAGCGGUAAUGGAGACCCCAACAUGAUCUUCAGUGACUGCGACCCCCUAACGGGUGCCUGUCGAGGCUGCCUCCGUCACACCACUGGGCCCCACUGUGAACGCUGUGCCCCCGGCUUCUAUGGCAAUGCUUUGUUGCCAGGCAACUGCACCCCUGCCGAGGGCUCCGAGUGCCACCCUCAGAGCGGUCAGUGUCACUGCCAGCCAGGGACUACAGGACCCCAGUGCCUCGAGUGUGCCCCUGGCUACUGGGGCCUCCCGGAGAAGGGGUGCAGGCGCUGCCAGUGUCCCCGAGGCCACUGUGACCCACACACGGGCCGCUGCACCUGUCCNCCGGGGCUCAGCGGGGAACGCUGUGACACCUGCAGCCAGCAGCACCAGGUGCCUGUACCAGGCAAGCCUGGGGGCCAUGGCAUACACUGUGAAGUGUGUGACCACUGUGUGGUCCUGCUUUUGGAUGACCUCGAGCGGGCUGGUGCCCUCCUCCCCGCUAUCCGUGAGCAGCUGCAGGGUAUCAAUGCCAGCUCCACGGCCUGGGCCAGGCUACACAGGCUGAAUGCCUCCAUUGCUGACCUGCAGAGUAAACUCCGGAGCCCACNGGGACCCCGCUACCAGACAGCACAGCAGCUACAGACUCUAGAGCAGCAGAUUAUAAGCCUUCAACAGGAUACGGAGAGGCUGGGCAGUCAGGAUCUGGCACAGCCAAAGGAGUGGGGAAAAGUGAACUUUCUGCUUGAGGAAGGCUGA